UAUUAAUUAGAUGUCCUGACCUCAUUCAAAAGGAUAAUUUCAUAAAAAUCUGGCGUAAUAGAACUAAUGCUAAAUUUACUCUAUACUCUAAACUAAAACUUAAACUAAGUUAAACUAAAUUUUGUUACAUUUUCAAUGAGAAUACCAUGUUCUAUAUAGUAUGUCCCACUGAGCUGCUGUUGGUGCCUUACUAUAUAAUUAGUCUUCUCCACUAAUUGCAACUAAUACGCAUAUGAGAGAGACAGAUGGAGGAGCUUUUCAGCCAAAGACUUUUCAAUAGAGGACAAAGGAUGUGGGAACUCGACCCCAGCCAACAGUUGACUGCAAUAAUUAUUCAAACAAAUUUGGUUGGCGCCAAAAGCAACAGCAACAACAACAACCACAACAGGAGCAACAUCAGCGACAAAAGCAAGAGCAACCUCAUCCGCAACGACGACAUCAUCAUCAUCAUCAGCUACAGGAGCUGGAGGAUGACUAUAACAGACGUUGCCAUCACCAGAAUUUGGUGGCCAUCCAAACAAACGACCAAAAACUCACAGGAUAGAUGGGCUAUUAUUGCGCCCAAGUUAACCUGUUUUAGUAAUUAAUUUGGGUAUUGUAUGUUUUAAUUAGUUGAAGAGUAAAGUCAGUCACAAAAGGGGGGCAAAGUGCAGUAGCAGGAUGCAGACAGAAUGCUAAACGGUGGCAAGUAACACAUGUUACACUUGUGUCUAAUAGUCUAAUCGCAAGAAAUAAAAGUCCUUCUAAAAUCUAUCGGUAAUAAUUGUAAUGUCAAAC